UGCAUAUAUGCAUAUACAUACGUGCGCAACCGUGAAAGCCUUAUCCGGGAGUUAGGAACUAGCUUGCCAGAUAUUUAUCCAUCUCUUCCACGACGCCCGACAACACCACCAGCAAGUCACAAUAAAUUUGCAAUAUGCUAUUAAUAAUUGUAUUGAAAAAUUUUGAAAAUUAAUUUAUACUUACAAUUAGACACUUUUCUCCUCCGAUGCGCAGUAGAAAUGGAAAAACAUCGAUGAUUGCUUGAAAUACAUCGAUGCUUGUGAUUUUUCGAAAACAUGUUGGCAUUGAUGUUGGCAUCAAUGUUUCUCCUGUCGUCGUCUGUAUUCUGUCUGUCGCAUUUCGAUACAAGCCCAGUCCGGUCGCACAUUUCGAUACAAGCCCAGUCCGGUCGCACUAACCGAUUACAGCUGUAGCGUCCUUGUUAAAUCCAUAAAUUUUCAUUUUUUGCUGUUUCUUCGUGUGUUUUUCAAAUCUUAUAAUUAAUAUUCACAUUCGAUAUGGAGCCAAUGAACCUGGGCAGCCCGGUCAACAGUCCCGGCUCCAACCAGACCCAGUAUCUGCCACCUUUUCUGCUCGGCGAUCCGCAAGGUAUCACGCCGCACAAGAACACGCUGUCCCCGAAAACCGGGCGCUCUAAUAUCAGUUUCGCCACCUCGCCCGGCGGCAGCAGUCCACACGAGCUCAACCGCACCGCUCUAAGCACACGUACUCUGUUCGCCGCCCAAGGAGGCGGGUCGAUGGGUCCCAAUGUUUCGCACACGGUUGUGGGCUCCAACAGCUCAACGCCCGCGCACGGCCAGUCGCACAGACAUCACCAGACAGGACCGCCCACCCAGGGACUCUUCGACUCGCUGCGCGAACAGUCCGUCACGCCGAAGAAGAAGAACCAUCUUGGCAUGCUGCAGUUGCAGUCGCCGAACCAGAGCUACCAAAGCAGCUAUCACACGAAUGACUCGUUCGCACCCAUCAAUGCCACCAAUGCCUCGAUGCGGGCACUGUGCUCGCCACUGGGAGCCACUGUCUCGCCAGCUGGAGGCCUGAGUACAUCCAUGACGGCGGGCGGCAGCUCGCGCAUAUCCGACUUAUGGGUUACCAUCUUCGGGUUCCCGCCGGGGGCCAGCUCCAUGGUGCUGCAGCACUUCACCGUCUGCGGCACCAUUGUGGACGUGGUGUAUGCCCCGCAGAAUGGCAACUGGAUGUAUGUGCGCUACUCCUCGCGCAUCGAGAGCGACAAGGCGCUGAACUACAAUGAAAAAGUCAUCGCCGGCAAUGUGAUGGUGGGCGUGUCGCGCUGCAGGGAGCGCUCGGUGCUCGAUAAGGAGAACAUCGGCUUUGCGGCCAAUGCACAGAUAGGAGAUCUCUCCGCCAGUCCCAGUGUGAUUCGACCCUUUUCCCAGCAGUCGUACAAGCUGGCCCGUGAAGAAAACAUCAUAUCGCCGAAAAGCGAUGUGCCGCAGAAGAGCUCCGGUCUGGUGAACAAGGCCAUGGACCUGAUAUUCGGCUGGUAAGAAGGGCUGAUGGCAAGUCGGAUGGAUGGAUAGAUGGAGUUUCCGGCUACUUAUUUAAUAAUUCACUGCCUACAUCCAGCAUACAUACAUAUACAUACUUAUUAAAUUGAGAUAUAAUAGCAA